UGUCAUUGUAGUUACUCUGCUGUGCAAAAGAUGUUUACCGGUAUCGCAAUAAACUGCUGGGUUGUGGAUUACCCGAGGAAAAACAUUCUUCUAGUCUGAACAGGCAAGGCAUAAUAAGAUGAGCUGCACUUACACUGAAGAUGAUGAAAGCACUGAACUGGAAUGUAAAAUCUGUUACCAAAAGUACAAUGGCCAUAACCGAAAGCCGAAGAUACUCGACUGUUUACACAGAGUAUGUGCAAGAUGUCUACACAAAAUCCAAGAUGCCAAUGAUAGUUCCCACUGCAUUACCUGCCCUUUUUGUCGCCAAGAGACAGAGAUCCACGAUGCUGAUAUUGAAAAUCUUCCUAAUGACACAAAUAUUAUGUGCAAACUUACUGCAAGAGACAAAGCACAGAAUUCAGAUUGCAGAGAGAUAGUUUUAACACCAAAGAGCUUGACUUCAUCCAAUUCAACCCUCAAUUCUUCUAACUGCUUAGUGAUUAACUUAAGGGAGGUCCAAAGGAAUUCUCCAAGAGGGCAUAUCACGACUUAUAACCACAGAGUUCACAGUCUUGACACCACAUCCAUUACAUCUCAAAGCAGAAUUGAUCAAGAUGUGUUCUCCAAAAUUUGCAACCGUGUGCCAAGGAUACUAGUGUGGCUGCUAGGUUUAUUCUAUUUCAGUUCACUGCCACUUGGAAUUUAUCUUUUGGUAAUCCAAAAAGUGACCCUCGGUAUUGUUUGUGUCAGUCUUGUUCCUUCCAGUUUGACGGUUUGUUUGGUUUAUGGUUUUUGUCAGUGCCUCUGUCAAGGUAUAUGUGAUUGCUCAUCAAGAAACUAAUAGCCACUAAAACAAAAUAUCGAUUUAUUCAGUAGCCUUAUUAAAUGUGUUUGAAAUGUUGGCUUGUCUUGGGACCAUGCAUCCAUAGGGAGUGGGAAAAUAAUUCCAAAUGCCUCUCAGGUUGUGGGUUUUCACUCCCAAGUGCCCUGGCUCCAAUUCUAAAGAACCACUUUAAUAUAGCACUUUUCACAAUCUCAGGAAUCCUAAAGUGCUUUACAAUUAACUAAUACAUUUAACGUGUAAUCACUGUUGUAAUGUAAAAAGCAUGGUAACUAACUUAAGACACAACAGACUCCCAUACGGUCCUUAAUGAGAAUUCUCGAAUAGAAGAUAUUCCUUUUUGCCCAUUACUACUUUCAGCACUUCGAUUAAUUUACUCCUCAAUCUUUCAAUCACAGUUAACAAAAAUCUUAAAUUAUAUAACUUGUCCUUAUAAAUGAACCUUUCAUUUUCAAUCAUGCUGGUGAACGGGUACCAAAACCUGAAUGCAAUGCCCUAAAUGGAUUCUGCAGAAGCAUCAGUUCCUCAUUUUGCAAUUCAACCUCUUGAGGUAAAAAAAUAACUUAGCCCCUUAAAAAACUCUUACUUUGCAAUUUAUUUAUACACAUGGUCAGCUCAGCCCCUUUGUUUCUGCACAGUUCUCACUAUUAAAAACAACCUAAUGUGACAUUCUCAGGUCCAAAUGAACAAAUUGGAUGAUAUCACACAUCCCACAAUUCAUUGCAUCUGCCAAACUUUUGCCUAUUCAAUUUGUGUGUUGUGGCCAGUUGUAAAUUCAUGUGCCUUCAAACUCUGUCACAAGUAAACUUUAAAUUUUGCAAAUACUAUUCUUUCAUCCCCUCAUACAUUAACAUACAUGAUGAACAAAUCUAGUUCUAGUACAAUUCCUUGGGGAACACCACCACUUGCAUUCAAAACAUCUUGCACACCUUGUAAUCAAAAAAUAGUUUUCUUAUUCUUGAUCUCCCAAGGUUUACAAUUUCCCAAAAAGGUUAUUGACCAAUAUCACAAGGUUAACUUUAUUUUCAUUUUCACUAAUAUUACUUGCCUAGAACUUUAGCAAAUGCCUUCUGAAUGACCAUAUAAACAACACCAAAAAGGCAUUUUCAGCUACUAUGUGAAUGCUCCCUCCUAUUAUUUAAGUAGGAUUAAUCAAAUUGCAAUAAAAACAGCAGAAACACUGGAAACAUGCAACUGGUCAGACAGCAUCCAAGAAAAGAGAAAAAGUUAAUGUUUCAGUUCAGAGAUCCUGUACCAAAAUUUCUGACAAAUGGGCCCACUACUGAAACUUUUAAGUGUUUCUCCUUCCAUAGAUUCUGCCUGCCCUGUUGAGUAUUUCCAGCAUUUUCUGUGUUUUAUCUCAGGUUUCCAAUAUCUGCAGUCAUUUUACUUCCAUUAAUGCCCCCCCAUCCAUUCCCCAUCCCCUUUUCCCUCUCUCACCUAUCUCCCGGCCUGCCCAUUGUCUCCCUCUGGUGCUCCUCCCCCCUUUUCCUUCUUCCAUGCCUUCUAUCCUCACCUAUCAGACUCCCCCUUCUCCAGCCCUGUAUUCCUUUCACCAGUCAACUUCCCAGCUAUUUACUUCAUCCCUCCCCCUCCCGGUUUCACCUAGUGUUUCUCUCUCCCCUCCCCCACCUUUUAGAUCUACUCAUCUUUAUUUCUCCAGUCCUGCAGAAGGGUCUUGGCCUGAAACAUCAACUGUACUUUUUUCCAUUGAUACUGCCUGGUCUGCUGAGUUCCUCCAGCAUUUUAUGUGCAUUGCUUGGAUUUCCAGCAUCUGCAGAUUUUCUCGUGUUUGUCAAGUAAUUUCCUUGAUGCUUUACAUUAUACAAAUACUUUGCUUGUUUCUUCAUUAUUCUUCAUUAUUCCAAAGGGUAGACAAAUAUUUUUAAUACUUAGCUUAGGUAAAGAACCAUUUAUCACAUUGCAUUUAAUUUUUGGCAGUGAGACAAAUAAUCAAAUCUGGAACAUUAUAUUUUCCUUCAUGAAUGAUGAAGAUAGACUGAUUUAUGAAUGAAG